AUGACGCGCUUGCAAAUGAUUAGUAUGAAUUUCCACGUUUUUCAUGAGGCGUCGGGCGUGUCUCGCUUCUCAAGGCACAAAAUAUCUCAGCCCCGCGCGUUGUUUGCUAAGAUUGCGAUCACCUUUGUCGCCGCCCAGCGAGCAGGCACGAAUUCCAUCAACAGAAUGCCCAGCGACGCAAGUGACGAUCCGAUGCAUCUUUUCUUCUCUCAUGAGCAGGAUGUGGACCUAUUCAAGGUACUAGGUCUGGAUCGAGACGACAAUCCUAGCCCCGAGCAUAUUCGUAAGGCAUACCGCAGACUAGCCCUUAUGUACCACCCAGAUAAGGCGGCCUUGCACGGCAACAAUGCCGAGAAAGUUGCACUCCGUUUUCAGCAGAUUGGAUUCGCGUAUACUGUCUUGUCUGACAGCAAGCGCCGUAAGCGGUAUGAAAGAACAGGCUCUACGAGCGAUUCAGUUUGGGACAGUGACGAGCCAGUCGACUGGAACGAGUAUUUCAAGUCUCUGUGGACGGGCGAAGUGAAUGCCAAGUCUCUCUCCGAAUUUCAAUCGGCGUAUCAAGGCUCGGAAGAAGAGCGCCAAGACAUUUUGCAAGCGUACCGCGAUCAUCGCGGCUCGCUUGAAGGCAUUUUCUCUGCCGUCCCAUGCUCUAACAUCUUGGAUGAUGAAGAACGCUUUGUCGAAAUUGUUAAUGCGGCUCUACGAGCUAACGAACUACAUGAAACCCGAGCGUGGACCCAAUUGUCAUCAUCAACCAAGGGUCCCAAAAUUCGCAAGACUCUGCGCGACAAGGCACGGUCAGAGGCGAGCGAGGCCGAAGCGUACGCGAAGGAAUUGGGUGUAUGGGAUGAUCUAUUUGGCCAGCGUCGUCGUCAUUCAGGCAUGGUGUCUGAUUCUUCGCAACAAUCUACGUCCGAAAGCGCUCCUGCCCAUGCGGAUGGUACCCAACGCAGCGUCAACGAAAAGAGCAGCAGUCGCGAGACCGACAGAAGUACGAAUGACCCUCCAGCAUCAACAGCAGCUGAUAAUAACAACGAUGAAGACGUUGAUGUGGCGGGCCUACGCGAAGCCAUGCGAGCUAAGGCCGCUAAACGCGCUUCGUCAUUCGAUGAUAUGAUUUCCCGACUAGAGAAUAAUCAUACCCGAUUAGCAUCUCGUUCCAAGAAGCGCCGCCACGCACCGUCCUAA